AAGAGGUGAAUAUGUAUUAUCGGAGAAUGUCCAAAAAUGUGGGUUUACUCUUUCUGAUCUCAUUGUUCUCUACUGGGUCUUCUUUCCCAUUUACAGAAGAUGGGUUGGAUGCACCAACCCCCAGGAUUGGAUCUUGGGCACAGCUGUACAAUGAUAUUAACACCAGUAACAGGGUGGACUCAAAGAUGUCAGCAUUUUCCAGUUUCAAGUCAGCUUUCAACCCAACAUUAGUUCAAGAGGCUGUUAAUCCUACUGGGCCCAUUUUUCACAAAGAGGUCUGUGGUCACAAAGUUAAAAAACAAAUUUCAAGUUUCAAAAGGAUUCUUGGUGGAAAAGAAGCAGAGGAAGGAUCAGUUCCCUGGCAGGUUGGGGUUGUUCUGCUACCUGAACUAGGAGAUGAUUCAGUUAUACCUACCAUCACAUGCGGAGGCACUAUUCUCACACCGUAUGCAUUUCUUACAGCUGCCCAUUGCAUGCAAGAACCCCCUCAUAGGUAUGAGGCUGUUGUUGGUCGGCAUUCAUCUGAUCUGUUUGAAGAGGAGUGCAGAGAACAGAAAUUAAAGGUUCUGAGGUACUUUAACCAUCCUGGAUUUACCUCCAAAACUUUAGAGAAUGAUAUUUCUGUUGUAUCAAUUAGGACAUAUUAUGGUCAGGGAAUUCAGUUCAGUAAAUUUGUAGUUCCGGCCUGUUUUGGACAUCAUCCUAGUUUUUACACCCCACAGUCUCUUGGAACAGUUUCAGGUUGGGGACUAUUAGAAGAAAAAGCAUCCCUGGCUGCUAUUCCACUGAAUAAGGUGGAUGUUCCAAUAGUUAAUUCUGAAAACUGUUUAGCUUCUUAUGGAUUGUAUGCUUCAAUAGAUGAUAGCAAGCAGUUUUGUGCAGGCGAAUCCUCAGGAGGUCGGGAUGCUUGCUCAGGAGAUUCAGGGGGACCAUUUACUUUCACACUUGCCAGUUCUACUAGUUUUGGAAGUGAGCAGAACUAUGUUAUUGGAGUUGUUAGUUAUGGAAUAGGUUGUGGGCGGGCAAAAUACCCUGGAGUAUACACGAGGGUUAGUAGUUAUUUACCAUGGAUUCGAGAAAUGACAGAUGCUUGUCAAGCUGAUGCUCCAGAGAAAGGAAGUGAUAAUUACUUUGACGAAAAGUUCUUCGCAACAACUUCCACAUCAACUACCACAACAACAACCACCACAAUAACAACUACCAGAAAAACAACUACCCUAACAACUACUACCACAAAAACCACAACAGCAAGAUCAACCACCAAAAUAACCACACCUAAGUCAACAACAAACAAUCUGUGAGUGCUAAUUUUUCUUUUAUAAUAAUAUAUUU